UGGCGACAGCAGUAUUGGCGCGCAAAAAUCAGUGAUCACGGACCAGUUUACCAAUUUAGUAUUAAAUUAGGCAUCAAUCAAUAUGCGUGCUUCACUAGUACCUCCAGACGGUGGUUAUGGGUGGAUCGUUGUGGCCGGUUGUGCCCUAGUGAAUGUGUUCAAUCAAUCCUUGGUGUCUGUGUUCGGGUUGAUGUUUGCCGAUUAUCUUACCAGCUUGGGUGAACACGCGUUUGGGGCCGCACUGGUGAUGAAUGUGUGCAACAUCUCGCUAAACUUUUCCGGACUCAUCACCGGGCCAAUCAUCAAGCAAUUCAAACCACGGAAGGCGGCCAUCCUGGGCAGUCUGCUCACCGGGACAGCGUUAUCACUUUGCUCCUACAGCACCAGCCUGUGGCAAAUAGUGCUUUCGUAUAGCGUUGUGUUUGGCUUUGGACUUGGGCUGAUCCAAUCAUCCACGUUCGUAUCACUAAAUUCCUACUUCCGGCGACGAAAGGGACGAGCCGUAGGAUUCGCCCUAGCAGGUACCGGGGUUGGCCAAAUACUCAUGCCCAUCCUGGUUCAAUAUUUGCUAAGCAACUUUAACUUUCGCGAUGCAACACUUAUCAUCGGUGGACUCGCAUUCAACGGGGUGGUCGGAGCGUGUUUGCUGCAGCCAGUCGAAUGGCAUCUUAAAGCGAGUUUGAUCGACGAUGAUGGAGAAGCGCAACCUUUGCUUGGAACCACCAUUCCGAACGGUGAAGCAUCCUGUGGCAAACCAUCGUGUGGCUGGUCCAAGCUAGCAGCUCUCAUGGACUUUGCUAUUCUGAAGCAGGUUUCCUUUCUGAAUUUGAUAGUUGGUCUCGGGCUGGCCUACACUGCCUCGACAAGUUUUUCUCUAUUCUUCCCAUACUUUCUACAGAAAUCAGCUAAUCUCACCAUGCUCGAAGCUGCCAACUGCAUGUCGGUGCUCUCCACCACCGACCUCAUCACAAGGGUGACGGUGCCAGCUUUUGUAGACAAAAUGAACUUUUCGCAUCGCACAACGUUUCUCCUGGCCGGUCUCUGCCUAGUGGUGGCUCGCAGCGUGAUGGCGGAAAUGCGUUCAUUGAUGCCGCUCAUGGUAACAUCCGCCUUUUACGGCAUAUUCCGAUCGAUAACGAUCGUCAAUCAGAACCUGACCGUCUCGGAGUACUGCAGUGAGCGACACAUCGAAAAAAUGCUGCCCAAUGCCCUGGGAUUCAACAUGGUAACGAAGGGCAUUCUAGUUCUAAGUCUUGGGCAAAUUCUGGGCUGGUUUGCCGACUUCACCGGCAGCUACGCGCUCAAUCUACACGCGCAAAAUGUGUUGCUCGUCACUACCUGCGUCUUGUGGCUAUGUGAGAUGUACUUUAAAGAUGACCAUUAA